GUCAGAUAAAGAGGUAAAUAUCGGAGCAAUAAAUAAUCGGCACAUUUUGAGGACACUUUGUGGCCAAACAUGUGGACCGACGGCGUCUUAAUCGUGUUUAUAUCGAUAUUCACAGCACUUUUGGGCGAAGGGCUCACAUGGCUUAUGGUCUACAGGACUGACAAAUACAAGCGAUUGAAGGCUGAAGUGGAGCGACAGUGCAAACGAUUCGCGCAUCUGUUGCCCACACCGGCCGCCGGCGUACGGGUGGACACAGUGGAGAAGAAGAAGGAGACCAUCGGAGAGACCAAUGAUAAGCAAAUGAAGAAGAAGUUGGAGCGCGAAGAAGAGAAGCUCAAGAAUCACAACAGGGAUCUGUCGUUAGUGAAGAUGAAGUCCAUGUUUGCUAUCGGCUUUGCCUUUACAGCAUUGCUUUCAAUGUUUAAUAGUAUUUUUGAUGGCAGAGUUGUGGCCAAAUUGCCAUUCAUUCCCAUAUCACUAAUACAAGGCCUAUCGCAUCGUAACCUCAAUGGUGACGAUUACACCGACUGUUCAUUCAUUUUCCUCUAUAUUCUGUGCACAAUGUCUAUAAGACAGAAUAUCCAGAAACUGUUGGGAUUCAGUCCGUCGCGGGCCGCCAGCAAACAGGGCGGAAACAUAUGCCGUAGUAUAAGUCGCGGCCAAUGA